AUGACACAGAGUCAACUAUUGAAUCACAGUGAGGAACUGAAGAAUGGUGAGGGCACUCAUAAAAGACUGAAGAUUUCAGUGGCGCAUUUCGACAACUCUGCGCUAAUCAAGACAUAUUCCAAAACCCUGAUUGGAAGGUGUAUGAAUCCAGAGGAGCAGGAAAUGAAGGCCCUGUUUACAAACCUUCCAAAGAUAUGGGAAUUGGAGGAAAGGGUUACUGGCAUUGACUUGGGAUUUGGCAAGUUUCAGUUUGAUUUCAAGACGGAGGAGGAUUUUGAAGCGGUACUGAAGCAGCAACCUUUCCACUUUGACUAUUGGAUGCUAUCCUUGGCGAGGUGGCAACCAAAGCAAUCCAAAUCUUUCCCAUCAGAGAUCAUGUUCUGGAUCCAAAUCAUUGGCGUACCGCUGGAGUUCAGGACGGUCCCUACUUUUGAGAGCAUUGGUGGUGCUCUGGAAAGAACGGUGGUAGUGGAUUUGGUUCAUAAUCGGGUCCAGGUGGCGAUUGAUGCUUUCAAAGAGAUGUGCUUUGAAACUACUGUGGACUUUAAAGGCGGAGAGUUCUAUGACGGGGAGGAAUAUGACGGGGAGGAAGUGGUGGUUUCAUUUCAUUAUGAAAAUCUUUUUGGCUAUUGCAAGCUAUGUGCUAGUCUCUGCCACAAAGAGGAGCUUUGCCCACUCGAGCCAAAGAACUCAAAGAUGAGUCCAGAGUGA